AAUAAUUAAUCGUUGAAUUCCUGUUUUGAGGAUUAUUUUUCCUCUGCGCACGUUCCUCCCUCUCCGAUCGCUUGAUUUCUCCUCUUCUCUAUUUCUUCUGGUCCGCGGCAGAUAGGCAGCCAGCGGAGGGGCAACGGCAGGCCAAGAUGAGCUUUAGAGGUGAGGAGAGCGGCAGCGAAGAUGGGCGGGGCAGCGACCUCAAGAAGCCGUUCCUCCACACCGGGAGCUGGUACCGGAUGGCCGGCACGAUGGGGUCGCGGCAGUCUAGCAUGAUGAAUUCCUCCACUUACGCCAUUCGCGACUCCGCCAUCUCCGUCGUCCUCUGCACCUUAAUCGUUGCCCUCGGUCCCAUACAGUUCGGCUUCACUGGGGGCUACUCCUCACCCACCCAGGACGGCAUCAUCGCUGACCUCAACCUCUCCCUUUCCGAGUUCUCGAUCUUUGGUUCCCUGUCCAACGUUGGAGCCAUGGUGGGCGCGAUCGCAAGUGGGCAGAUCGCCGAGUACAUUGGGCGCAAAGGGUCGCUGAUGAUCGCUUCAAUCCCUAACAUAAUUGGCUGGCUGGCAAUUUCCUUUGCAAGAGACUCUUCGUUCCUAUAUAUGGGUCGGCUACUGGCAGGAUUCGGCGUCGGUGUGAUCUCAUAUACAGUGCCUGUCUAUAUAGCAGAGAUAUCACCUCAAAACUUAAGAGGAGCGCUCGGCUCUGUGAAUCAGCUUUCUGUGACUAUUGGCAUUUUGAUGGCUUAUCUAUUGGGUAUGUUUAUCCGUUGGAGGAUGCUUGCAGUGAUAGGAAUCUUGCCUUGUACAGUCCUCAUUCCUGCUCUGUUCUUCAUUCCGGAGUCUCCAAGAUGGCUGGCAAAAAUGGGGAUGACAGAAGAUUUUGAAGCUUCACUACAAGUUUUGAGAGGUUUUGAUACAGAUAUUUCUGCUGAAGUAAAUGAAAUCAAGAGGUCUGUGGCAUCAUCGACCAGAAGGACAGCAAUCAGAUUUACACAACUAAAACAAAAAAGAUACUCACUUCCUCUUAUGAUAGGUAUUGGUCUACUGGUACUGCAGCAGUUAACUGGAAUCAAUGGCAUCCUAUUUUAUGCCAGCAACAUUUUCAAAUCAGCUGGACUUACAAAUGGUGAUUUGCCAACAUUUGGUCUUGGAGUUAUACAGGUUCUUGCUACUGGAGUUACUACUUGGUUACUCGAUAGAGCUGGUCGAAGAAUUCUUCUCAUAGUCUCUUCUGUUGUUAUGUCUCUCAGUCUUCUUUUAGUCUCAGUUGCAUUUUUUCUGGAGGGUACUUUUUCUGCAGACUCUAAUUCUUUCCACAUAAUGAGCAUUCUCUCAUUGGUUGGACUGGUGGGUUAUGUGAUUGGCUUCUCUCUUGGAAUGGGAGCUAUUCCAUGGAUCAUUAUGUCUGAGAUUCUUCCCGUCAACAUUAAGAGUCUUGCAGGUAGUGUGGCAACAUUGGCUAACUGGUUGACAUCUUUUGUAGUAACAAUGAGUGCCAACUUACUUUUGAACUGGAGCACUGGAGGGACCUUUGCCAUCUACACUGUUGUGAGUGCUUUGACUCUGGUGUUUGUGAUCAUAUGGGUGCCUGAGACCAAGGGAAGAACUCUUGAAGAAAUACAGUGGUCCUUCAGAUGAGAUCUCUGAUACUAUGAUUGAUAUUGUCGCAUUUGUCUGUGUCGAAUAACAUCUCUUUCAUUCAUAUUGCUUCAAAAUAUCCUGAAGAAUUUCCUCCCCGAGCAAGAUCCAAAUCGUGACAUUUAAAUUGAAGAGUAGCAAUAAGCGACUUGAACACCUGUUCCACAGUAAAAAUAGGUACACAUAUUUAAUAAGCUAUUGGUUGUUCGUGUCUUUAUGUUGGAGUUUUCAUCCGAAAUGUAAACUAGAAAGAAGCGGAAUGUGGUUUGUUAAAUUUGAUGACAAUGAAUUUGUUCAUUCCUUGAGAGUGCAGGGAAUUUUUUAUUCAAUAGUA